AUGCUUCGUCGAAGAAAGGAACCCCGCCCAUCUAGUACCAACCAAGGAAGAACGGACUAUAAUGAGGAUGUACCUGACGAGGAUGCUCACUCAUACAUCACUCCCUCAAAACAUACGCCCAAACCACUAUGGCUCCUCAACAAAACAGUAGGCCCUGGUGGCCCCUUACGGCCUUUUCGCCUUGUAAAACAGGAUCUGGUGAAUCUACACCAAAGAUACCUCUCAGAUUGGAAGAUAUUCAAUCAAUUAAUAGUGGCCAGCACUGUAUACGUUUUCUUCACCAAUUUGUUACCAGGCAUCACCUUUGCCAGUGAUUUAUACGUUCUCACGGGCAAGAAUUGGGGUGCUAUUGAGCCUCUCACAAUCCUCGGGGUUACCGGCCCCUUUUCUGUUCUUGCAGAAAAUAUAUAUUCUCUUUGCCAUGAGGCUUUUAAUAUUCCAUUUCUACCCUUCAUGGCCUGGUCGCUUAUCCAUGCAGGGUGGCUCCAUUAUCUUCUGGCUAUAUUUAAUGCCCAUGAUUGGACUAUGGGCUAUGUUACUACUUUCUCAACUGAGAUAUUCUCUCUCCUGAACAGCAUAAUAUAUUUCCAUAAAGCUAUCCAAGAGCUUGAGCGAGCCCACGCAAACCUCUCCUUCGCCGCAUUCCUCUACGCCAUCAUAGGCGCGGUAGGAACAAUGCUACUCGCCAUAUUCUUGUCCACAGCAGAGUCUUGGAAACCCUUAUUCCACCGAUACAUCCGCCUGGGGCUUUCGGAAUAUGCAGCAGCAAUAUCCAUUAUCUUGUUCAUUGGACUACCUCAUAUUGGAGAGCUCGCGCACUUGGACAAGUCAACGCUCCCCGUCAGCAUCACGUUUCAACCCACAUCUCCAGACCGUCGUAUAUUUUUCGUUGAGUUCUGGAAACUUCCUGCCCGCUGGAUAUUCGUGGCUAUUAUUCCCGGAAUAAUCAUCACGAUGCUUUUCUUUUUUGACCAUGAGAUAAGCUCCAUAAUAUGCACCAUCGAUCGUUAUAAGACGCGGAAGCCUGGUGGGUUUGCUUGGGACAUCAUUCUCCUGGGUACUACCACUGCGUUAUGCGGCAUCUUAGGAAUUCCUCCCGCAAAUGGUCUUUUACCUCAAGCCCCUCUUCAUUCAGAAUCUUUGAUGCAUGUGGACACAGAAGAAGUUGUAGUCGAGGUCGAUGGCCAGGAAACGGUAGAAGUCCGGCAUAUCAGGAGAGUAUAUGAGCAGAGGUGGUCUUCUUUACUCCAUGGCUGCGGUAUUCUUGCAUUUGUUAGCCCUCCACUCAUGAAGGUUCUUGGUUUAACCCCAACAAGCGUACUCGCUGGGUUAUUCCUAUUCAUGGGAGAACAAAGCUUAUCGGUCAAUCCCAUCUUGUAUCGGACAUUUUACCUCUUGACACCUCCGUCAGAACUACCAACCCUCCCUGCAGAACUGGGCUCUUCAUCGUCACCUACUAGCACCACCGAAACAAGUCCAAGGCCGUCAUAUACACCUAUUCACCUCUAUACCUUACUCCAACUAUUGAUUACAAUAGCUAUAUUCAUCCUAACUCUCACCCGCGGUGCUCCAGCCUUUCCCGUGUUGAUCAUACUGCUCGUUCCGUUUAGAUUACUGGUGAUGAAGCAUUGGUUUAGGAGAGAGGUACUAAGGUUUGUUGAUGCCUGGGCUUGCAGGGCCGGUACCCCUGAAGACAGUGAAGAUAAAGAGGGCAGUGUUCAGGAAGAGAAGGAAGAGCAACAAAGUGAUGGCCAGACUGGCGUGCUACAAGCGCGAAGAGAUUCAUCCGACCGAGUAUGA